AUGGCGUUGAAUGGGCUGCCAAUCGGGUUACCACCCGAAGGUGUGACCGACUUUGAAUACAAUGAAUCGGGCCGGUUCGAGGUGCAUUUGGAUCAAGCUUGUAAUGCUAAGUUUGAAGAUGAGUUGCAUUAUGAUCAGAAUGUUUCUGGGAAUAUGAGUUAUGGGCAGAUCGGUGGGUUAUCGGGUAUUUCGGGUCAAGAUUUAUUUUUGUGGUUUCCGGUUAAGGAGAUUCGGGUUGAUUUUUCAUUGUCAAGUUUUGAAAUACCCAGGGAGUGUUUGGCGUCUGAAGAUCAGAUUGUUGUUGAGAUUGACUUUUCAUGUGGAACGAAACUGCCGGUCAACAGUCAGUCAACAAAAGUCAAUGGUCAAACUGCCGGUUUAUUGAUAAUUGUGAUUGGUUUAUUGUUGUAUUUUAAAAAAAUAAAUCGACACUUAGUUAUCGGGAUUGUCCAAAAACAGAGGAAACUCUGCCCGAUUUUCGAAAAAUCCGUUAUACGAAACAUUUAUACUUCCAAUAACGGUUUUGGGGGUGGCCCGACGGUGUUCGCGGUGGUGGUGUUGGAGGUGGUGGCUGUGUGA